GAUUCUCCAUAUUCUGCAUUCCAUAGAUUUUGCCAUUGAGUUCUAUGUUAAUGACCACUGUUCUCAGUGGCUGCAUCAUGGGAGUCGGGGCAGGAUGGAUAUUGUGCAGAGGCAUAGAGCUCUGUGACACUGACAGAAGCAAACUAAAACAAUGACCACAAAGUGGGACUGUGUUAAAAGCGGGUCAUGACUUUUGCUCAAUGAGAUGCCACAUUCAGCCAUGAUAAGAAAAAUCAACAGAAUCAUACAUUAAAUAUGACACAACUUACAUUUCACAAUGACAAACCACAUAUAUGCUAACUGGAAAGGGAAAAAAAACAAAACAGUUUUGUUUGCAAAGUCUCCUUUGCAACUGAGCUCUGUGAUUCUUGCACUGAUGGGGUCCUUUUUGAAUGUUUCCCUCUGCACUUUAAUGGAGUGACUCACCCACAUUCAUAUGUAGUUACAUACAAUAUCACAAGCUUAGUCCAAUACACAAUUAUCUAACAGGGAUAAUAGUUGGAGAAAACCAGCCAAAGCAGUUACACGUUACAUAUUACAGCGGUUCUUUUGGCCUAAUCAAGAGAAAGUCAUUAGUAGCCCUUUAAUUAUUUAAAAUGUAAGACCUUAAGUUGAAGCAGUUUGGAUGUUUAGUUAAUGUUGAUAUAAAAACACAUAGAGCAAUAUAUAUUAUGUGUAUUAUGGUGUAAUGGGUCCCAAUUCUCUUCCAAUGACUGCUCAUUUCACUGCAAGCUGUCAUAUGCAGAGGCCUAAUGCAUGUAACAUAUUAUACUAUUAGUGACGCAUCGAUUUUGGCCAGGUUUAGAUGUACCAGGAGGAAUGUAAUAGUCAAAGAAGGGUUUUGUGUGAACAUCUUAUAAAUAUGAACUGUAAUAAGAUUACUGAGGUACAAUACAAACAACACUCAAGCAUAUUGAGAAAAUCUCUGACAGGAUUUCAUGUAUUUCCAAAGCUAGAUUCUUACUGUAUAUGGCUUUGCAGAAUAUAUAGUUAUACUUUAAUUGCAUUAAAUAACACAACAUAAUUGUAGCUUUUCUAUACUAACACAAUUGUAAUACCUCUAAAUCUAGUUUUCUUUAAGAAGAAUGAAAAAAGUGCAUAUUAUGAAACAAGGAAUGCUUUGUAUGAGUGUGCUGCUCCUUACGGAAAUCGCAACACAUAAUUAACAGCAGCACUCAUAAUGCUUGGUGUUCACUGAUAGGAAAAAUGGCCUGCACAGCCAAAGGUUGACAGAACUCUCUGGGGUAUUUCCUGAAUAAAACGAUUGUGAAAGCUCUCUGUCUGAAAUGUUACCUUAAGGAAAUGAUUGGGGCAAGGACUUCUCCCUAAGCCAAUAUUUAAUAAGAUAUGUUCAGUUAUAUUCUUUGUAGUGUCCUGAACAAGCUUUCUAUAAGUAAGCUCAGCUUAAGCUAUGGUGGUCUGUUUCCCCUUAAAUGCUGGUCACCCCAACCUAUAAAGUAGUGGGAGCCAGGGAGCUACUGGAGAAGUGCCCACACUUUUAUAUUGUGCUGCAGUGCACAAAAUGUUCUUUUCCUGGACACACAAGCCUGAACAGAGUCAGAGAGCUGGGUGGAUCAAGUUCUGUAAUGGGAGCUCUGAGUCUGAAACUGUUUCUGUGCCUUUUCCUUAUUGUGGUGUCUCACGACGUGACCGCAGAGGUGAGAAUCCUGGAUAUGUCUCCUGACGCUGUGGAUGACACCUACUCGGAGUGUCGUGAUAAAAUGAUGCAGACUGUUAUAAAACCAGAUGGCCUGUUACAGGAGGAGAUUAAGGCCAAUAAAGAUUUUGCAGAGAUGUGGAGGAGUCAUGGUGGAACUUGUGAGAAGCAAAUUUAUGGCGGAAUACCAUAUCACUUGGCUGCUCUCCAAGCUUAUGGGAAUUCCAAACCGAAAUUCCGAAAGGUGUUUAACCAAAUGGUUCAGACCAAAGGCAAAAACAUCACAAUCUAUGAAAAGGAAUUUCCCUUCAAGUCCCUUCACUUCUUAUUGACAGAUAUCAUACGACUUCUUAACAAUGGGACAGUGUGUUCACGUGUAUACUUUGGCACAGUUAAGACAUAUCGUGGAAAUACUGGGUCCAAGGUACGCUUCGGAAAGUUCCUCCAGGCCAGAAUCCAAGAAAGUUCUGAGACUGAAGUGGUUGAGUUGGAAGGGGAAGGCACUCUGUUUAACAUCACGUCCUGUUCUGCAGUGAACAUUGAGAACUACACAUGCACUUCAGAGGAAAUUGAGCACCUUAUUUCUCCAACAGAGGUCUUUGUAGUGCAGAGUAUCAAAGAAGUUAAAAGUGAAGAUGCCAGUUAUAAAAUAAUCACUUUAACACACUCAAGGUUUCUUAGCAAUCAUGACUGCUACGUCUUUCCAAGUUCUAUCCAUGGUGGAUCAUCCAAGCUGGUGCUAAGAUCAGUGGUUCUGGCAUUGAUGGGAACCAUUUUAGGCCUUUACCACUUCACUGUGAUGCAGUGACACACAUGCUCUUCUAGACACAUUGUUAGAGCCAGCUAACAACUGGAGAAAUGCUCUUUUGCAAUGUGCAAAAUUAUUAUUGAGAAAUUCUCCUAUAAGUCUCCUCUAGUUCUGCAACCAUCAUCAUCAUCAUGUGCCUGUGCCCUCACAGAAUAUGCAGUUGUCCUUUGAUCCCUUUCAAUACUGCAACAAUACUGCUACAAAACUAACUUUUCUCUACUAACAAUCAGAAGCAAGUGGCUAAUCAGGUUUUCUUCUAGAAGAAUAAAAAAGUGUUUAUUAAUAAGUUGUGUAUGUUGCAUCUGAAUGUGCUGCUCUUGGCCAAAAGCAUUGUAUUAAACACUUAAUUAGUAUUAAAGAUACUACUACCAAUAAUGCUGAGUCUUCACUGAUAGGUAAAAAGAGCCUGUAAUGUCUAAAAGGUUGCUAUAGUUAACAUGAGGAUUACUGUGAUUUGACUACUCAGAUUUAUUUAAGGAAUAUUCUAAUUAAAAUAUAACGUUUAUAUGGUGUUGAACACUUUUGUUUUUGUUUCAUUCUUCAGUUCUAAAUUUCAUACCAGUGGAUACACUGACCAAAAUGAAUAUCAUUACUACUGGUGUCGAUGUUCCUACCAACACAGUCUAUUUAAAAACCACACAUAUUUGGUCAAAGUAUUCCUUCCUUUUAAUUAAACAAGUGCUUAAUUGACUUCUCUUUGUGUUGGAUGAAGAAAAUUGUGGAGGUGACCUCCACCUUUUCCUCCACUUUAUUACUGUGCUCCAGGUCUUCGGUUUUCUCAUCUUUCUCCUCCCUUUGUAUGGUCUCCUGCCAAAGCCCUGCUUUACUUGUGAAGUCAGUUUUGGCUCUGUGUCUGCUGUGUCUCAUGUUACAUUCUUUCAGCAAAAUAAUCUCUGCCUCCUCCUCCAA